AUGAUCUUUGCAAUGAUCUUGCAUAUCGUGAUGUACAGACCUGCAUCAUCGGUUGCCAAGAAGAUUGUUUGUGAUCGGUACAACUGGAGCAUGGUCUCUGCCUGCAGCAGAAAGGAUGAUGAGGACAUGACAAGAGAACAAGUAGAUACUUCUUGGAUGUGUCGGGAGAUAGGAAUGCACUGCAGGAAAAGCAAAGGUCAGAGACGAAGACGAGGCCACGGAGAUGCAGGCGGAGUGUUGGAGAAGAUGGAGAGAGCGGUGAUGGAGGUGGAGGUGGAGGUGGUGGAGGUAGUGGUGGUGAUGAUGAUGGUGGUGAUAUGA